AUGUUGUUAAAGGGUUUGAGGGUUAACUUUGCGCCGGUUUCCGGCGAUCCCCCUCUCCUCCUCCUCCCUCCUCCUCCCUCCUACGUGUUCUCCGUGUGGGUCCGAGCCUCGGCAGAUAAAACCAUCGUCUGGUCUCGCGGGGGCCCCACUCCCCCUGCCGACGCCGCCCUCUCCAUCUCCCCCAACGGCUCCCUCACCCUCCUCGACCCCUCCGGAAACAACCUCUUCCCUCCAGAAGCCUCCGGAGACCCGAACACGACCUCCCUCUCCCUCACCGACGAGGGGAACCUCGCGUUCGGCAAAUGGAACAGUUUCGAACACCCAACUGAUACGAUCCUCACGAACCAACGCAUUCCUUCCGACGGCACCACGUUGGUCUCAGGCAAGUACCGGUUCAUCAACGCUACUACCCUGACAUUCAACGGAACGGGGAGCUACUGGGAAAAUUCCCCGUUGAGGAAUCUCACCUCCGAUGGAAACCUGACUGCUGAUGGGAGCAACCUGCUCGUGGCCGACGUUAACCAGUUCGCUCUCCGUCGACUGACUCUCGACUCUGAUGGCAACCUCAGGGUCUACAGCCUGAACAACAGUACGGGCAGAUGGGGGGUGGUGUGGCAAGCCGUUAAGGUUCUAGAGCUCUGUACGAUUCAGGGAACUUGCGGUGUGAAUGCGAUCUGCGAGCCUAACGGAACGGGGACCGCCUGCGUUUGCCCACCGGGGUACAGGAAAGAUGCCGGAGACAGUGGAUGUAAGCUGAAAACCUCGUACCUACCGACUAGUAGGUUCCUGAGGCUUGAUUAUGUGUCUUUCAGUGGAGGGGACGGCGAAAUUGGGCCAACAUCAGUCAAUUUCGCUGAGUGCCAAGCGAGUUGUAUAGCAAAUUCGAGCUGUGUUGCGUUUAGUUACCAGUUUAACGGUCAGCGGACAUGCUACAAUCAAUUCGACAGACUCACUUCUGGAUACUGGUCACCUGUUAGAGAGACGUCUACAUACAUCAGAGUAGCAAGCUCCGAAUCAGAUGCCAAUAAUUUCACCGGAAUGACUUCCAUGAUCGAUACCACGUGCCCGAUAAAAAUCAGUCUCCCAACUCCACGCAAAGAAUCAAAGACCACUGCAAGAAACCUGGCGAUAAUUGUAACGCUCUUCACCCUCGAGCUUCUCGCUGGAAUUCUCUCCUUUUGGGCUUUUCUUCGAAAGUAUUCAAAGUAUCGCGACAUGGCUCGAACAUUUGGUCUUGAGUUUUUGCCGGCCGGAGGCCCGAAGAGGUUCUCCUAUGCUGAGCUGAAAGCUGCUACUGGUGAUUUCUCAAAUGUUGUCGGACGAGGAGGAUUUGGUGUUGUAUAUAAGGGCGAACUUUCAGAUGGAAGAAUUGUUGCAGUCAAGAAGUUAAAGAACGGUGCAGGAGGCGGCGAGGCUCAAUUUUGGGGAGAGGUAACCAUCAUCGCCAGAAUGCAUCAUCUCAACCUCGUUCGGAUGUGGGGAUUCUGUGCAGAGAAGGAGCAAAGGAUGCUUGUGUACGAAUUCAUCCCCAAUGGCUCCCUAGACAAAUUCCUCUUCCAACAAGAAAUCACAGGAAAUAAAGUUCAGCAAAGCCAAACCCCAACCUUGGAUUGGAAUAUAAGGUACAGGAUAGCACUUGGAGUAGCUCGAGCAAUUGCGUACCUUCAUGAGGAAUGUCUUGAAUGGGUACUGCAUUGCGAUAUCAAGCCUGAAAACAUACUUUUGGAGGAUGAUUUCUGCCCUAAAGUAUCAGACUUUGGGUUAUCGAAACUAACGAAUAAGAAUGAUAUUGUAACUAUGUCGAGGAUUAGAGGAACGCGUGGAUAUCUAGCACCAGAGUGGGUGAUACAUAGAGAGCCAAUCACUGCCAAGGCUGAUGUUUAUAGUUUUGGAGUUGUGCUGCUGGAGAUUGUGACGGGCACAAGAAGCAGUAGGUUUCAGAGGGCAUCGAGGGAGAGUGAGGACUGGUAUUUUCCGCGAUGGGCAUUUGAGAAGGUGUAUGUGGAGAGGAGAGUAGAGGACCUGCUUGAUCCUGUGAUUUUGGCGAGCUACGACGAUAAAGAUCACUUGCCGAUGGUUGACAGGGUGGUGAAGACAGCAAUGUGGUGCUUGCAGGAUCGAGCAGAGAUAAGGCCAUCAAUGGGGAAGGUUGCGAAAAUGCUGGAGGGGUCGGUGGAGAUCACUGAACCUGAGAAACCAUCGAUGUUCUAUCUCGGAGAGGAAAGAAGCGAAUGAGCUUGAUAAAACUGAGAACAAGUAGGUUGAGCAUUAGAUUCGUAGGAAUAAAAGUUGGUGAAGCUGUAAAAUUGGUGAAGCUGAAGACUAGAGGCAAAUGUAAGCAACUAGAAUAACUUAUGUGUAAAGUGUAGUAUGCAUGUAACCUUCUAUUAGAAGAGAUUGAAUUUCCAGUGUUUACACCCAGAAAUAAUUAUGAAUAAACAUCAUGUUGUAAUUAUAUUUU